AUGGAAGCACGGAGACUCAUUGGGUGCAUAGAUUCUGCGCCUACGAGGAUGAUGCCUCAGACACAAGACGAAGCAGUGCCACCGGGCCCCGCAGAAAUAUUAGUACGCGACGGUGGCACCGAGCAUGGGACGGCGAGUGCUGGAAAUCGAGGCGGUGACGAGGUGUCGACCUUGGACACUCGCAUCGAUGCUUUGAAUUUACGCGACGAUCACGGCAACGUACUGCCUACGAAGGAACAUAAGCAGUCGACCGCAGUGGCAGCAGAGAUACCUCCUCUACUGCAAGGAUGGAGAUUAGAAAGCGAGGCCGAAUACGCCCGCAGGAUCGGCAAAGAUCUGAGAGAGGUGAAAGAAGAGAUGCUCCGGGACUUCGAAGAGUCCCUCGCUGUGAGUGCACCUUCCUUCAAGCCUGGGCGAGCUGCUGAGAAUAGGUUAUUUGUCGUUCCCAAGAACAAACCAAAUACCCUACCUGGUGGCUACCAGCUGCCCAUCGUCUUCCGGCCACCGUCACCGGUUAGCCAGCCACGAGACUCGCAGAUACCAGCGAUCGCAACGGGAGACCAUGGUGUAGAACAGUGUCGGUCGGCUGAAGGGAAUGAAGACGACGACUAUGAGUCCGUGUCCGACGAUGAGAGCGAGGAUCUCGAAUACUACGAGAUUUCGCCCAGGGAGGACCAAGGGGAUAUUGACGGGACCGAGAGGCGCGGAAGGGUACAAACUCCGAGGCGCUCUAUCGCAAAUAAGCAGGGAAUCUCACCGCUUCCUACGCCGGAGUCUGGUUACCUGGCAGACCGAACCGUCUCGAGGGAAUGGAUGGCGACAUUCGACGUGGACGCGGAUACUACCCUUCCGAGCCUGACCACGUACAUCCGGAUUUUGGAAGCGUGCGAAGCCCGCAGGCGGUGA